UAUAGGGCCGCUCCGCCGCACGGGCCGCGCCGCCGCCGCCGCUCCAGGCAUGGCACAGGGCUCUACCUCACUAUGGCAGCAGCAGCAGCGCGGCACAGCACCCUGGACUUCCUGCUCGGCGCCACAGUUGAUUGUAAUGCCGUUCUUAAAGCUCUACAGCCCAUUUUUCAGGAGCAGGGAAUGACAGAAACAGUUCAUAACUGGGAAGACCAUGGUUAUUUAGUAACCUACAUCAAAAAAAAUGGCAGUUUUGCCAAUUUGAGAAUUCACCCUCAUGGAUUAGUGCUGGUGGAUCUGCAGAGCUACAAUGAUGACGUGAAAGGAAGAGAAGAAGUUGAUCAGCUUUUAAACAAAGUAGAAGAAAGAAUGAAAGAAUUGUUUCAUAGUAACAUAAAAAGGGUGAAACGGUUGCCAGCGAUUUUGAGAGGAGGUGUCAUUGACAGAUACUGGCCCACAGCUGAUGGGCGCCUGGUGGAAUAUGACAUAGAUGAAGUUGUUUAUGAUGAAGAGUCACCUUUUCAGAAUAUUAAAAUUCUGCAUUCAAAACAAUUUGGGAAUAUUCUUAUUCUCAGUGGGGAUGUUAAUCUGGCAGAAAGUGACCUGGCAUAUACUCAAGCCAUAAUGGGCAGUGGAAAGGAAGAUUACACUGGGAAAGAAGUGCUAAUCCUAGGAGGUGGUGAUGGAGGUAUACUAUAUGAGAUAGUCAAACUGAAGCCAAAGAUGGUUACUAUGGUAGAGAUUGACCAAAUGGUGAUUGACGGGUGUAAAAAACACAUGCGUAAAACGUGCGGAGAUGUCUUAGACAAUCUGAAAGGAGAGUGCUACCAGGUUCUAAUUGAAGACUGUAUUCCUGUACUGAAGAGGUAUGCCAAAGAAGGAAGAAUGUUUGAUUAUGUAAUUAAUGAUCUGACAGCUGUUCCAAUCUCCACAUCUCCAGAAGAAGAUUCCACAUGGGAAUUUCUGCGGUUGAUUCUUGACCUCUCCAUGAAAGUCCUGAAACAAGAUGGAAAAUACUUCACACAGGGAAACUGUGUCAAUCUGACUGAUGCCUUGACUCUGUAUGAAGAACAGCUUAGCAGGCUUUAUUGUCCUGUGGAGUUUUCAAAAGAAACUGUGUGUGUUCCCUCCUACAUGGAAUUAUGGGUAUUCUACACGAUUUGGAAGAAAAAGACUGACAUCUGAACAUCAAGACUGAGAUUCUUAAAUGUACAUGCUGCAUGGAGCGUAUAGGCCUGCCACAUGCUGCAUAUUGGCAUCUUGAAUCUUUAAAUUAUAUGCUGUAGAUGAUCCUGAAACUUAGUCAUGCUAUUGAUUGUGAAUUCUUUAAAUGUUUUUUAUUAUUAUUUUAAUUUAAAAGCAAAUGGAAAAUGUAUAUUUUGACAAGCUAGGGUGUUAUUUUUGAAAGUCAACUUAAAGAUGAAUAAGCAGCAAAACUAUAUAGCUGCUGACUGCACUGAACCUUUAGAAUGUGAUCCUUUUUAUUUUUUUGUAGAUCUUCACAAACUGGUUGAUUAAAAGAGACAUCUUUAGCAUUUCAUCCCUGAAGGGUGGUCCAUGGAGUUUUUGUUGGGUUUUUUUUUCCAACAGAUUUUUUCAUUUAUGGUGCUUUUUAAAAAUGGGAGAGGGUUUUUGUGGUUUUGGCUUUUUUUAAUGAACUCUGCAUUGCUUCCAUAUAGAGAAGGGCAUAACUAAAAAGAAAAAAAUCUUGUGAGAGAAUACCAUAAGUCCUUUGUUGCAAAGGGAAGGAAGCCAGUCUUAAAUUUUUACUUACCCUAGUUUCAUUCAUCAUUGCUGUAAUCUCUGCUGCAGAAGACUCUUUGGCCUUCUACCUCCUGGAAUUCUUUAGUUGCUGCCAUAUUGAUUAUUUGGAUUCUGAUAUGGAUUUGGCAGUAGCUUUGUACUGAAGCAUGAAGAUAAAGGCUGGGCUUUCAUUCCACCACAGUGUAAGAGUGUAAUGAGGUUCAUGUGGGCAUGUCUUCUCCCCAGCCGUAUGGGAAGCACUAGAUUUUUGAAGUAAAGAUAGAGGAUGAAGAAAUGUGGGUGUGAUGUGAUCUAUCUUUAUGUGCACCUGCACUGAAUGUUCUGAAGCAAGUGUGUGUGUGCUUCAGUAGGGUCAGUGAUGGUUGUAUUGCCACAGAUGGCCCAUAUUAUGUGAGGCUUUUGCUCAUUUACUUGCAGUGUAAAAAUCAGUAGAAGCUGGAGUGCAUUGUAGUUCUGUUCUGAAAGAUGCAUUUUUCUUUAGCAGUUUCUCAUGCUGUCAAAAGUUAUAUUUUUGUAAGAGUCUGCUAUGUGUCAACUGAAAUAUUUGUUUAAAAAUCCCACUUGAAAGGAG